UUGAAAUCGUCAAAGAGACUCUAAUCUCUCUCUCCCCCGAUCCCCAAUAAAUAGGAGACAAUCGCCACGAAACUUAUCAUUCUCACAAGUCAUAACAAGUCCUUUAAAGUUUAACCCUUUUUUGUCUUCUUUGUUUCUGAUAAAACAGAAUUCAUUUAUGGGGGAUAUCUCGGGAAACGGCUAUGGCGCCAGAGAAGAAGCAGUAGUGGUGAAUCUCAAGGAAGAAGACGAACAUCAACAACAACAAAUAGAAGCUACUCGUCUUAACCCAAACCCCUUGAAGAAACAAAACUCUCUCCUCUCAGUCUCUGUCCCUUUCUUACAAAAGUUGAUGGCGGAGUUUGUGGGAACCUACUUUUUGGUAUUCACCGGUUGUGCAUCAGUGGCUGUAAACAUACAAAAUGACAAUGCCUUAACUCUUCCAGGGAUCGCCAUCGUUUGGGGACUCACCGUCAUGGUCCUCAUUUACUCUCUUGGUCACAUCUCCGGUGCUCAUUUCAAUCCGGCCAUUACUAUUGCAUUCGCCUCUUGCCGCCGUUUUCCUCUGAAACAGGUUCCGGCUUAUGUCAUAUCACAAGUGGUGGGAGCAACGCUGGCGGCUGCAACUUUACGACUGUUGUUGGGACUUGAUCACGACGUUUGUAGCGGAAAACACGAUGUGUUUAUUGGAUCAUCACCGGUGGGAUCGGAUCUGCAAGCGUUUGUGAUGGAGUUUAUCGUCACUUUCUAUCUAAUGUUCAUCACUUCUGGCGUUGCUACGGAUAAUCGAGCGAUCGGAGAGCUUGCUGGAUUAGCAAUAGGAGCAACGAUUCUACUUAAUGUUCUAAUUGCUGCACCGAUAUCGAGUGCUUCGAUGAAUCCAGCAAGAAGUUUUGGACCUGCAAUGGUGCACGGUUGCUAUAAAGGAAUUUGGAUCUACAUAGUCUCACCAAUACUUGGUGCGGUUUCUGGUGCGUGGGUUUAUAACACGGUUAGAUACACCGAUAAACCAUUGAGAGAAAUAACCAAAAGCGGUUCGUUUUUAAAGACCGUGCGAAGCGGUAGCUCUUAGUUAAGGAGAAAAUAAAAAAGCAUGGCUACGUUAAAGAAGUGAUGGGAAUAUUUUGGUAUUAAGUAUUUUCAAAAUGAAUUGUAACAACUUUCACCAUACCAUACUCCAUACCUUACGUAUGGAUUCGAUAUGAUAUAUUAAUUGCUACGUUUUCUCUCUUUUACUUAAUGCGAAAGAUUCUAUCUUCAUA